CGCAGCCGGACGUACGGGCGCGCAGCAUUCUGGGAAGUGUAGUCUGGCCCGGAUUCGGACACCCCAUCGGAUGAAUGGGGCCCCGGCUGACGGCUAACUACAGCUCCUCGCCGGCAGGGUUGGUGGCGGCCGCCGGGAAAAGGGAGACAGCGACGGCCCCGGGAGAGCAGCACUCCGGGACGGUGGUGAUGUUCAGUGCCGCGGCGAGGCGGCAGCCGGGUUUCCUGGGGUAGCAGUCUAGGCGGGCGCUUCCUCUGCGCGCUCGCUCCCCUUACCCUGCCCCGGCCAUGCGCCCGGCCUUCGCGGUGGGCCUGGUUUUCGCAGGCUGCUGCAGUAACGUGAUCUUCCUAGAGCUCCUGGCCCGGAAGCAUCCAGGAUGCGGGAACAUCGUGACAUUUGCACAAUUUUUAUUUAUCGCUGUGGAAGGCUUCCUCUUUGAAGCUGAUUUGGGAAGGAAGCAUCCAGCUAUCCCAAUAAGGUACUACGCCAUAAUGGUGACCAUGUUCUUCACCGUCAGCGUGGUCAACAACUACGCCCUGAAUCUCAACAUCGCCAUGCCCCUGCACAUGAUAUUUAGAUCUGGUUCUCUAAUUGCCAACAUGAUUCUAGGAAUUAUCAUUUUGAAGAAAAGAUACAGUGUAUUCAAAUAUGCCUCCAUUGCCCUGGUGUCUGUGGGGAUAUUUAUUUGCACUUUCAUGUCAGCAAAGCAGGUGACUUCCCAGUCCAGCUCGAGUGAGAAUGAUGGAUUCCAGGCAUUUGCAUGGUGGUUUCUAGGUAUUGGGGCACUGACUUUCGCUCUUCUGAUGUCAGCAAGGAUGGGUAUUUUCCAAGAGACUCUGUACAAACAAUUUGGGAAACACUACAAGGAGGCUUUGUUUUAUAAUCAUGCCCUUCCACUUCCUGGUUUCAUCUUCUUGGCUUCUGACAUUUAUGACCAUGCCGUUCUAUUCAAUAAUUCUGAAUUAUAUCAGGUUCCAGUCGUUGGUGUGAUAGUGCCCAUCAUGUGGUUCUACCUCCUCAUGAAUGUCAUCACCCAGUACGUGUGCAUCCGGGGCGUCUUCAUCCUGACCACAGAAUGCGCCUCCCUCACCGUCACCCUCGUCGUGACUCUACGCAAGUUUGUGAGCCUCAUCUUUUCCAUCUUGUACUUCCAGAACCCUUUCACUUGGUGGCAUUGGCUGGGCACCUUGUUUGUCUUCAUUGGGACCCUAAUGUACACAGAGGUGUGGAACACCCUGGGAGCCACCAAAGGCCAGCCUCAGAAGGAGGCCAAGAAGAGCUGAGGCCUUCCUGGAGUAGAGAGACCCGAGGCUAGUGAGCCAGGGGCUGGCCACCAUUUCACCUUGGUUAAUGCUGAAUCACCCCCCAUGUGCCAGAGAAUCCUCAGAGGGACGCACUUCUCAGAUUUCUCAUGCCUAUACAGACCAACAUUUGUGGACCCUGAAUAGAAGCCCCCAACCCUGAAAUAGGAAAAAAAAGAACAGUUCUCCACUAUUGAACAGCCUUUCCAUUUGUUGUUUCUACCAGAAUUUCAGCACUGUACCUUCUUAUUGAAACCUGAGUCCCCAGAGCUACUAGUUUUACAUCCACUGUCUUGGACAAGAUUAUCCCUGUCCUGAUGAUUCUCUGCUGUAACAGUCUUUAUCCUCCUGUGGCCUUUCCCCUUGUUCCAUUAACCUGCCACCCACAGCAGCACUCUUCAGGCAGACGCUCCAGGAACCCCCCCCCACCCCCAACCAGGAACAACUGAGUGGCCGGGUGAACCGACGCACCGGGAUGCUGGGGCUGGGCUUUCUCCUGUGUGUUGGGAAAGAAGCGGGUGUCCCUCUGCACCCUGGUGACCCCGGGGCAGGACUGGUGGGAAUCCUUUCCCACAUUUUUCCUUUUUUUGUUUCUAUGCAAAAGUCAUAUGCUUUCACACCUUUUGCUUUCUGUACUUAGAACAAACCUGCAGCAUCUCUGUAUGGCACAGUGUUAAUAAGGAAGAAAGGUUGUGUAUGAAUUGGGAAAGAGAGACUUUUUCUGUCUUCUCUCAGUUUUCUGGUUCAUUAGCCUCGAGCUAAGAUGGUGACGCCAGGAUGGCCCAGGAGAAGCUGGCUCCGGGGGCAGGGGCACCCAGAGAGCACAGACAGGCACUGAGGGUGGGCUCCACGUGGGGGAGCUCCGCCUGGCAACUCUGAUAGUUAUGACCAGCCAGGCUAAUGAGUGAACCAGUAUAUUCAGUGGGUGUGGGUGUGGUGUAUCAGUCAGGCCAAAUCACAACUAAAAUGGAAAUUUUUUGGGGGGGGGGAUGUCAUCUUAAUGUUCUUGAUGGGUAUGGGAGUGUGUGUGUUUUAUCAUAUGUAUUAAUAGAAACAUGCCCCCCUUUUGCUAAUCAUUUCAAAGGUCUGGUUUUCCUCCCAUGGGAUAACUUUGAGAAAGAAGAAGUGUCAGGAUGCCACAUGUAGGUGUGUGUGUGCUCUCGUGUGGGUUGUGAUCACUUGGGAGAAGAGGAGAGCAUGAAAGUCAGUGUUUUUAUUCCCUUGUCCUUCACUCAGCUCGGACCUUCAUUGUCUCACGCAGGUACGUGCUCUGGAGGCCGUCAGACUUACCAGCCCAUCUUUUUGCACACAGACAGAGGCCUCUCCUUCUGCGCUGGGUUCAGGUUGUGUUCUUAUAUGGAGGUUUGGCUCUUGAGCUCACCCAGGGUGUGGUGUGUUUAUUCUACUAUCUGGAGCUAUUCUCUGAUGGGUCUGCGAUAACUAUCCUAGAACCACCGGGUUGCUUUGGGGAAGUCCCUUAGGCUGCUCGGGUUUUUUGUUACAUAAAAUGUGGAUGCUGUUUCUCCACCUAAGUCACAGGGUUUUCAGAUCAAUUUGUGGUUCAGGACAUUGACAGCUGUUCAGUGCCAGUGAAGGUCUAUACUAAAAGAUGCGGAAUUAGGUGUGAACUUGUUCAUGGACUCAAAAGGUACUGUAGAGUUCCUCAGACUGAUGGUGCUAUAAAUACCAUGUGGUAAAUAUCCUCUUAAAAACAAGAACAACAAAAGCUACUUUUCUUAUUGUUUAAUAGAAGAACCUGUCCCCAGGGGCUAUUUGAUUGCUGCAUAUCUGGAGUCUUGACAGGAUAACUCCUAACAGGAUAGAGCCUUACAUGACGUAGUAUCACUUUUUUUAUGUUGAUGGAAAAUAUUACAAUUUUUAGUUACUGAAACAGUGUUGAUGUACACAGACAGCAUUUAACUGGGUCCACGAGGUUUUAGAUUCUGGCUUUAGAGUGUGUGUGUUCCUCAGUCUGAACACCUCUGCUGGUCUUAUUAACAGGAGGAUAUGUAUGGACAGAGUAAGGCACUCAUACAGUGAAAUAAGCGCAUGUAAGAACAGAAUGUCUGAAAUGCCCUGGGAAUUGGUUUUUUUUCUCUAGUAUUUGGUUAUGAGGAAAUAAAUCUAACAGACACUAGUUAAUACUUCUUUAAACAAUUUAUUCCCCUUGGUUAACUUAUUUUUCAAUCCAAGUUGAAACUGAUUUCAAUCCCUGUUAAAAGAGCAAAUAAACCAUUUUAUAGAGGGUCA